CAAACUGAUGUCAACCCUGCAUAUGACAGACCUACUGUUCAAACUGAUGUCAAUCCAGCAUAUGACAGACUUACUGUUCAAACUGAUGCCAACCCUGCAUAUGACAGACCUACUGUUCAAACUGUUGUCAAUCCAGCAUAUGACAGACCUACUGUUCAAACUGAUGUCAACCCUGCAUAUGACAGACCUACUGUUGCAACUGAUGUCAACCCUGCAUAUGACAGACCUACUGUUCAAACUGAUGUCAACCCUGCAUAUGACAGACCUACUGUUGCAACUGAUGUCAAUCCAGCAUAUGACAGACCUACUGUUCAAACUGAUGUCAAUCCAGCAUAUGACAGACCUAUUGUUCAAACUGAUGUCAACCCUGCAUAUGACAGACCUAGUGUUCAAACUGAUGUCAAUCCAGCAUAUGACAGACCCACUGUUCAAACUGAUGUCAACCCAGCAUAUGACAGACCUAUUGUUCAAACUGAUAUCAACCCAGCAUAUGACAGACCUACUGUUCAAACUGAUAUCAACCCAGCAUAUGACAGACCUACUGUUCAAACUGAUGUCAACCCUGCAUAUGACAGACCUACUGUUGCA